GUAGACUCUCUUAUCAAGGAUGGAAAAAACAUGUCCAGUGCCGAGACAUAUCGAGUCUGGUUUGACGAUUAUGUUUUUUUACCAAAGUACAGACUGUCGUGGGUGUAAAGAAAUCGAAGGAUUGUUUUUCGAAAGUUGACAACUACUAACUACUACUUUCACUAUUUCGUGACCAAACGAUUCAGGAUGGCAGCUCCGCGAUCGAUUGUUUUGCAGCGAUCCGAAGUGAGAAAUCAAGUACGGUUUGUUUCGAUCAGGACCAUUCCUUUUUAACUGUUUACACAGCGGUUAGCCAUAAAUUAUUAACUGCAUUAUUGAAUAGCGACCAUUUCGAAAAAGGUGGAAAGCGAAACUCCCGGGGCGAAACUAAAACCGCGCCGACACACAGAAUCUUGCUAUAGAUGUAAACUCGGAACAAGCUUUAAGGUAGCCAUGAAGAAUUUGGCGGAAAUUAGAGCGAACAUCACGUAUAAUGCCGUUUUAGUUGGGAUUUUAAUCAUUUACGGGCUGUUAGGAGCGCUCGUUUUCAGGAAGCUUGAAGCUGUGAAUAGCGCUUCAUUCACGAACGACGGCCAGCUUGAAGACUCGAGGGAAAACCUUCUGAAAGAGCUGUGGAAUCAAAACAGUCUUGAAUUCGACCAGUGGUCGACACAAGCGAGAAACAAACUGGAUUCAUACGAGAAGAAUUUCAUGUUCGAGAGUUCGAAUACAGCUGCGUGGAGCUUGGCUGAUUCAUGGUCAUUUUCUUGCACAAUCUUCACCACAAUUGGUAAGAAACAGAUUUUUAACUUUGUUCAAACAUUGCUCCACAUAUUUUCACCAGCGACAGCACGUAACGUUCCGUGUCCUUUUUCCUCAGGUCUCGGCGAUUAUGUGCCUCGGAAUAUGCACCACACGGUGUUCUUUGGCGGGUACAUUAUUGUGGGUCUUGUCCUGGUUAUCAUGUUAUUUAGUGCCAUAGAGGAAGAGAUUACAAAACGUUUGGACAAAAUCAAGCAAAUGGUUGGAUUGGUUGAAAAUGGGCACAAGGACAAGAAAGACCGCUGAGAACUCAUUCCGCCGGCGAUUCUGUGUGACUCGAAAUUUGUCCUACCUUGAUCUCCGUCAAGGUUGACUCGUCCACUUGGUCGAUCUAUUUGUUUUGCGCGUAU